GAUAAUGUAAUGAAAAAAGCAAGAGCAACUCCAAAUUCCACUGCUUGGGAUAAAAAACUUCUUGAGGUUGAAGCUAAAGAUCCAAACCGGAUAAAACUUUGCUGUUGACAUUUGUGCGUUCAGAAUAAAAAAAUAAGCGAUGGAAUCUAUCGUCUAUUAGGUCUCUUGAGGUUUUUACAAGCUGGUGAACAAUAAAAAUAUCGAGAAGCAAUCCACGUAGAGAAACAAAAAAGAAUUAAAAUGGAAUUUAUCAGCCUUGGGAACUUCUUUCGGGUUUCGGGUAAUCACCAGAGCAAAUUUUGCGGGAUUCUUUAAAAAAAUGGGACUAUUCUUAUAACUCAUCAUAAUAGAACCUAUUAAACCAAAAUAUUUAUCUUUAUCACAUUGAUAAAUAAUUAAUGCAGAAUAAAGUUAUUAAGCUUUCUAAUUUAAGGUAGUUCUCUCAAAAUUAAUUUAUCUAAAAUAAUCUUUGAAUAAAUCUAUUUUGGGAAGACUCAUUUUUUAAGCAUAUCACUUUACAUUAAUUUAAGAUAUUCCUGUGAAUCCCACUUUGCUCUGCGUGCCUGUUAUCAACGGGUCGUCGUUAUAUCGGCGGGUAUCGAACGAGAACGCACACGUACCGCGCGGAAAACGAUCAUGUUAACAGGGGAAUAAAAUCGUUCUUUUAUUAUCCGGUUAUGUGUUGUUCUUGCAGUUGGCGUCACAGCGGCUACAAGUCGCUCUACUUGGACGGCAGUUCGUCGCCGUCGCCGCCGCAUCAUCGCGGCGGCCGCGGUGGCGGCGGUAGCCGUUCGCGUUCGCCGGUCGGCGGUGGCAGUCGUAGGUCACCUCGGUCGCCGCCUCCGCCACUAUCUUCGUCGUCGCGUAGGUCGCCGCCGCCGUCCGCACGCCGGCGUCCGUCGUCUCCGCCGACGUCGUCGACGCGCCGCUCGUCGCCAUCGGUCGGCAGCAGCCGAAGAUCGCCGCCUUCGCUACCGUCGUCGAGCGCGCGCAGCAAGAACGCUUCUUCCACCCACGGACGGCCGCGAUCGCCGCGCUCGCCACCACCUCGCGCCGCCCCCGGGCGUCGAUCACCGUCUGCCAGUUCGUUGUCCAGUUGCUCCGAUGAUUCGUGUUCCGUUUGUUCACCGAAGAACAGACGUCGUCGCGACGGUACACGACAUGGAAUACGAUCCAGAUCUCGUUCAUAUUCAUCACCUUCACGUAAUCGUUCCAAAACUUCAACGAACAAGCAGGCAUCGUCCCCUAAACCUAGAUCACGGCCCCGACCUCCGUCUCCAUCACCUGUUUCUCGUCGUAUGCCCCGACCAAUGACACCACCAAUACGAAGGUCUGCUUCAUCGGAUAAACCGAGAGAUCCUAGGAGACAACCCCCUCCACCUAGGCCAAGGAACAGAGCUGGUGAAAUAAUUGACGUUUCUGGUGUCACUCCUCCUGUAGCAGCAAUUAAAAAAGUAGUAAAAAAGAAAACUACGGAACCAGUAAUGUUGAAACGAAUAAAGAAGGAGCGUACAAACAAGCGUCCCGGUUCACCAGACUCCUCAGGGUCAGAUGACAGCUCUGAGUCAUCUGUCACUCCGAUUGUGGCCACAACUCGUUUGACUCUAUCCGAAAGGUUUGGGAAGAUGGCACAAUGGAGCAUCGAUAGGGAGCGAAGAGAUAUCGAGAACAUGCGCAUCACGAAGAACUCUAGCGGAGGUGAUCUGAAAGUUAUGAUCGAAGAAGACGAGUACCUUUAUGGAAGUCCGCCAAGAAGGUACAGUCAUUCGCCAGUACCUCAAGGUCAUUAUCCUGACGAACUUUUGCCUUCGGGACCAUCGGGUCUUGCAUCGUGGGAUGACGUGCGCGUGAGAUACCAGUAUUACAAAGAUCUGGGUUACUUGAGGGACUUGACUCUCGACGAUUAUGUCAAAUGGGAAGAAUGGUGGUAUAAAUAUCAAGAUUGGCUUGCCAACGAAAGACACUACGAACAUUGGCUGUCAAUGCAAAGAAGGAGAAAGAAGAGAAUACCUGCCACGCAACGAUUAAAUUAGAUUUUUUUAGGUCAUUAUGAAUUGAAUGUGCUUAUGAAAUGGAAGUAAUAUGAGAGAAACUAAAGUACAGAAGCUAAAUAGAUAUUAUUUUGAAGAAAAGAAUUAUAAAAAUUAAUCUCCAUGUAUUUUAAAAGAAGAAAAGUCUGCGUCUAAAUCUCAAUACCAUUAGUAACGGUGUAUCUGGAAUUAUUUUCUCUCGUGUCCCGAUGGAGGAGUAAAAUGGGGUAUUUUGUGAUGUCUUCAGUCUUAUAAAGACGGCUAUUUAGCACAAUAUUUUAUAAAUGUAUUCUGCAAAGAUAUUAUAUAUUAUUUUAGAUGAAAAUUUUCUUUUCAUUUUCUUAUGUUAGAAGUUUGUAACCAACGCUUUAGUUUUAUUAUUAAGAUGACCAUAAGUUAAUAAUUGUUCCGGACUUAUCUGAUCUAUUUGAAGCUAUUCAUUACGUUGUACGUAUUCAUAUUCAACAUUUUUUUGUUCUUAUUUUCUCUUAUUUAAGAUAGAAUUUAUAGGUGUAAGUAUUUCUUUGAAUAUUAUUAAAUCAAUGUAAAUAAACAAACUAUUGCAAGACGAAAAA